CCACAACCCCUUCCACCCACAAUCUCCACCCCAACCCAUCAACAAACCUCAUACACCUCCGCACCGACCGCUGCCGUAACCCCAACGCAUACCUCGACGCCCACGCGCAAUUCUCCGCACCCCAGUGCGCCACAGCCCUCUGCGCCGACGCAACCGAAUCCACACGGUAGUCCGACCAGGGUGUAUUUGAAUCAGAAUGUCACGCCGCAUUUGUUGGAGGCGAUGAAGCAUUUGGUUACUGUAGAGCCAGACAAACCGCUGAAGUGGCUCAGUGAGUUUUUGGCGCAGAAAAGUGCGGAGAUUGAAGGGCCUUGA